AAUGACCGGGGCGACGACGCGUCAGUUAUGGUCAGUUAGCUGUGAUAGUAUCUUGGGGCUCCCGUGUGCAAUCUGUAGUGAGCCACAUAAAAUAGGACGACACAGUUAUAGCACUGUAUAUGCUAUAUAAUUGUGCGUUUGCUGUUAAAACUUCAACAAUUAAAACUUAAAACUAUUUGCUUAAAGUGAACCAUCGGCCUACUUAAAAGCGCGAUGAGCAUCUCACAAAUGAGUGCGUCACCAAUGCGAGGACAAUUCUCCACUUCCUGCUCGUUUGAAGCAGCAACCUCUGAUGGCCUCGCUCUCAUUACCUUCGAACCAUUUGCAGUUGACCUGGAGGUGGGCGCCACUGUCGAGAUGACCGCAGAAGAGGAGCCCACCCCGGACCGGCCGGCGUCGGCCAGCCGUGUCGGCAGCGACGGCGAGAGCGACUCGAACGACGAGGCCGAGAGCGAGCUCACCAUCGACAUGGACGCCGACGUGGCCGGCGACUCGCCGUGCCAGAACAACAACGUCAGCGAGGAGCGCAAGAUCCAGGAGUACAUGAGCCGCAAGGACACGGCCGUCAUCUUCCCCGAGCCGGUCGGACCGGCCGCGAAGGAGGACGGCGAGGACGGGAAGGAAGUAUGGGCGCUGAAGCAGGGCCUGGCGAGCCAGCAGGCGGGUCUGGCUGGUGCGCCCCAGCUGACCUCUCCGCUCGGCCACAUGUGCCAGACCUGCGGCAUGACGUUCCCCUCCAAGGAGAAGCUCGAGGUGCACGAGGUGGGCCACGGCCCGCCCACGCAGGUGUCGUGUCACGUGUGCAACAAGACGUUUGCGCACAUUUACGGACUGCAGCGUCACAUGAUCAGCCACGAGGAAUCGGCCAACGUGCGCAAGUUCAAAUGCGACAUCUGCAGCAAGGCUUUCAAGUUCAAACAUCACCUGAAGGAGCACACACGGAUACAUAGCGGAGAGAAGCCAUACGUCUGCAACGACUGCGGUAACCGGUUCUCCCACUCGGGCUCCUACUCGUCCCACCGCUCGUCCAAGAAGUGUCGCGGCCGCUCUCUGCAGCAGAGCCAGACCAGCAAGGGCUCGCCGGCGCCGCUGCGCUUCGAGAGCCUGCCGUUCUCGCUGUACGGCGGCGGACAGGCGAGCGCAGUGACCGUCUCGGCCACCGGCCUGCCGCCCCCGCCCCCGCCCCCGCCCGAGCAGACAGCCGCGGCGGCGGCGGCGGCACAGCGGCUCAGCGACGAGGAGAUGCAGCGCAGCGUGCAGAAAAUGGUCGACUCGGUGAAGAGCCGGAUGGCCGGCGAGGUGUUCCGCGAGAGGGUGGAACAGAGCUCGAGCCGGCCCGGCUCGGCGGCGCCCGCCUCCCCCCGGCAGCAGGACGAGUCUGACCAGCCGCCGCAGCACCAGCCGCAGGAGGAGAGACACCAGCCCGCCGAGACGGCCACCCACGCGCCGGCGACGCAGACCUCAGCCUCGGAGACGUCGCUGUCGGUCACCGAGACACCGGCGAAGGCGGCCGAGAUGAGGACGUCGGCGGCGGCGUCACCGGCGCCGGCGGUCACCCCGAAACUCGAGGUCGGCGUGAAGGCGGAUGAGGGCGCGGAGGCGGACGCCUUGCCGGAGAGCCGCGCUGACGACUGGCUGCAGUGCCGCUCGUGCUCGCGCAGUUUCGCCGAGCGGCGCGAGCUGGCGCAGCACGAGCAGCUGUGUCGCGCCGACGUACCCGAGGGUGAGCGGCUCAGCGAGGGGCUGGCGGCGCGCCUCAGCGAGCUGAUGGCCAAACAGAAGGCGCCCGUCACCGCCGAGGAGCAGCCAGCCAGCGACAACGACAACGAGUCGUCGCAGCACAGCGACGACGCUCAGAAACAGCGAGUUCGCUACAAGUUCUCAGACGAGCAGCUGCUGGUGCUGCGUACGAGCUACAUCAUCAACUCCAAGCCGCGCCGUGAGGACGUCAACCGGAUCUCGGAGCGUCUGUCCAUCUCGCCGGAGGUGGUGCGCGUCUGGUUCCAGAACACCCGCGCCCGGGACAAGCGCGAGGGCAAGCCGUUCGCGCUGCCGUGCUUUCCGCCGGGCCUGGUGCGGCCGGCCGCCGCCGUGGAGCGGCCACCGCUGCCCGUCUACUCGGCCGUGCCCAUGUUCUACUCGGCGCUGCCGCAGCUGCUGGCGCCGCCCACCCCUCCCGAGGACUGCGAGCAGCCGCUGGACCUGUCCACCAAACGCAGCACGGCCGGCAGCGCCUCGCCGCCGCCGGCCAGCGAACCCUCGUCGCGAGCCUCAACGCCGGCGACGGUGGCGGUCCCUGGCGAGCGGCCGUCGUACCGACAGUCCCCGGCUGUCCCCAGCCUGCCGCUGAGGGACGGCUCGUGCUCGCCGCACUCGCCCGCGGCACACUCCCUGACGGCCGACGGCACACCGCCGCCACCGCCAGUGACGUCAGAAGGCGGACCGAUGACGUCAGCGGUGCAGCAGCUGCUGCGGGCCGCCGAACGCGAGAUGCUGGCCGAGAACAGAAAACGCCAGCAGCAGUCGGAGCUAAGCGGCUCCGGGGACGACUCGUCCAGCGAGACGGGCAAGAAGCGCCGCCUGGCCCGGCCCGGCGAGGACCUCUACCAGUGCGACCAGUGCGACAAGGCCUUCAACAAGCAGAGCUCGCUGGCCAGGCACAAAUACGAACAUUCCGGUAUGAGGCCGUACAAAUGCGAGGACUGCCCUAAGGCGUUCAAGCACAAGCACCAUCUGUCCGAGCACAAGCGGCUGCACAGCGGCGAGAAGCCCUAUCAGUGCAAAAAGUGUCUCAAGAGGUUCUCGCACUCGGGCUCCUACAGCCAACACAUCAACCACCGGUACGCCUACUGCAAACCGUACCGGGAGUAGACCAAUGAGAGGAGCCGGCCGCCGGUGGUAGCCAAUCAGCGUCCAGCUGGCUGGCAGGUCCGCCGGCGCCGGCGGCUUAUUCCAUAAUGACAGCGUCAACUCGUCGAGAUGCGGUGGUUUUAUCGAAAUUACAACGACAUAAUAAUUGUUACGAUGCAAUAAGGAUUUCUCGUGCGUCUCUGGUUACUGACUUAAUGCUAAGUGGACUGUGAUGGCCGAGGUCUAAGAUAUAAAAUCCUCACCUGUGCCAAAACUCCAUAGCGUAUUAUUUUUUGACCGUCAGUUCUAUUGUGUCAUAGCGAGUAUUGUCGUUAGCUGCGUGUGCGUGUGUACAUUUUAUGUAGAUAGUCAUAUAGUCUGUGAGUUCUUCAGCUGUGCCAAAUGACUUAGACGAUUAGCUUUAGUCCAGUUAGCCAUGGCAGGCCGUGCCAUAUCGUGGCCAUUUGACAUUAGCCAUGACAUUAGCCAGGUCAUGGCCAUUUGACAAUCGCUUGACGUGGCAGCCGAGCCGUGUCUUAUUCGAGUGCACUUGCCGUGUGCUAUGGUGCGAUGCAUCAGGUCUGAUGCAAGGAGUACCUGGUCAAAUACUCAUACGGGCGCGCCGGGGCGCCGGUGCCCCGACCGGGGCGUCCCGGCCGCUGCCGCUGGUGUACUCAUUAACUGCUAGUCAUCGAGGUGCCAAGCUUCGGUCGCGUUACUCAGCCAAGAUAUUGUAUUUGUGCGUGUGUGCGAUGUGUGCGUGUGUUUGUUGUGUCAAUAGCGGCCCGUUUAUUAUAACUCAGGUGGUGGUCGCCACGCUCUCGGUUCAGUUCCGGCGGCGCUGCGCCGGUCGGUGCCUUGGCCCGGCGCCGCCUGCUGCCGCUUCCUGCGCGCCGCGCCGACGGGUGCAACGGAUAGUGCUUCCAUACACAGUGUCGGGCCGCGGCGCGCCGCCGCCGCCAGGUGCCAACGAUAGCCGUGCCAGUAGCCGCGUGGGCAGCCGUGUGUGAUUAGCCGACCUCAGAUGGGCCAGUGGGCGCGCUCCGCCGCCCGCCACCGUACAACAAACAUGCAUUCCAGCCCGGCGUCAGGCGCUCCAUGCUCGUUUAUUUUCAUACAGGCCAAAUUUACUGGAAGGCGUCGCCUAGUUUGUCUUUCAGUGUCUGCCAUUCCGGUCGGCGGUCGCGGCGGCCGCCCGCGGCACGCCGUGUGCCUCUGCCCAGCCAGGUUCGCUGCGCAGCGCCCAGUCGAAUAAUCGCGAGCUUCCAAACGUUUUGUCUUCGGUGUUUAGCUGUAGCGUCGCCGCGCUCGGCUCACGCCGGCGCCAGGUUCUUACAACGAACGCGUCAUGUAUAUUUGAUAACGCGACCGGUGCCACAUUUUAUGAGUUUGUCUCGUUAGUGCGCGAGCGGGUACGUCGGAGGAUGUCAGUGUCGUGCCAGCAUAAUGGGUCUCCUCUGUGUGUAGCAAUACCGGGCGGUCGCUGCGCGUCCGCCCGCCGGGUCCCCUCUCCACUGUACAGUCGGUGUCUCCCCCGCCCUCCCUCCCUUCCUCUUCUACCUAGAUAUAUCUACCUAGAUCCUCGUCGCUGUUGUGCAAUAAGCCCGUCUCUGCUCCUCCCUGCCCCGCCCUCCCCUCUGCCCCUCUCGCCGUGCCACCGCCGGCACUCUGUCUCCCCCGCUCCGCCCCCUCUCCCCCUCUGUCUGAAUCGGCCCGCUGCCGGCGACCGCCGUCCGAUGAACAGGUCUGUCUUGGUACUCAAUAAAACCGCAUGACGCCA